AUGUCCGGGUCUUGGCUAGGGACCAUACCGCCGCGUCCCGAACAGGUAAGAAGACUCGGCAAGCAGGCCUCCGCGGUGGUCAACUACUUCACCCAGAAAGAUGGCUUCGAGUACGUCGCCCACUUCGGCGAAGAAGGUCUCUCCGGGGGCGCGCUCCUCUUCAACAGGUGGUCGCCGACAGACGGCAUGUUCAUGGGACAGUUCAUCGCAAAGUACAUGGGCCCGAGCGCCCCCGGCGGCAGCUUCAUGGCGGAUCUGCUGGUGGAUAGGGAGUUCCGCGUCCUCGAUAUCCUGCGAGGUGCCGAGCAUAUCGUGCAGUUAGCGGAGGCGGGCCGAGUCAAGAUAGCCGGCCGAGACAGUCUGCUGAUGGAAUAUGUUGGGCAUGGGACGUUGAAGGCCAUGGUGGACAGGUUCCAGGAUCGCUUGAUCCCUAUACCCAACCACAUCCUGUGGAACAUAUUCCUCUGCUCCAUGGCUCAUCCGCCUCGUGGACAGCAGGACGCGGCCAUUAGAAGAGAAGUGCUUCCGACCACGCCGCCGGCACAAGAAAGCACCGCCGGAGUCGUACACGGCGACCUGCACUUCGAGAACGUCUGUUUGGCUGGAGUCCCCACUGGCGAUCGGGAGCACACGUUUGGGCCGCUCGUGAAGUUCAUCGACUUCGGCUCUGCGUCCAUACUGGAUGAAAACGAAGGCGUGGAAUCACUCUCAAGCAUGCCCAACGACUCUUCAGCCGUAUCAUCAUACGACGGAGAUGUUGACGAGGCAAACAUACUCGCAAUAGGAGAGUUGAUGUGCAGUCUGGCACUCUGCGAAGACGUGAUCUGUCACCCAAACGGGCGAGACGUGACGAUGAAAGGACGCACGAUCAACACCAAAGCGCCGCGAGAGCUCGACGCGCCCAGCGUCGCCAUCGAGGAUGACCUGCGCCUCCUUAUCUACCUGUGCACAAGCGCGGACCCUGACGACCGGCCUUCGCUGGUGGAUCUGUUGGAGGCGUGUGAAUAUGGCGUCGCCACUAGGAAGGCGGCUUUUUAUACUACGAUGCCUGACAAGGGAGUGUACGAGACGGACGAGUACGUCCUUAGGGUUCUCCAGGAGGUCAUACUCAAUGCUGAGCAGGAUAAGAGCGUGGAGCGGAAGAGGAGCGGUCGACGAGUGAGCGCACUGGAUCCGAGGAGACGGCGGCGUACGAUGUCGAUUGUGCCUAGGCGGAAGACGGUGACAUAA